UUCCGAGUCCAAAACUACACCGUGCCGCUUCACCGGCCGGCCGAGUUCUCGCUCUCCGCCGUGUACGGCUUCGGUCGGCAGCGCGCCAAGCGCCUCGCUGCAGAGGUCGGGCUGCACGGCGCCUACCCGCUCAACCGGAUGCGGGAGUCUCAGCGCUCGUACAUUCGCCGCGCCCUCGCCGCCGCGUGCGUCAACUACGACGACCCGGCGCAGGCGGCGGGUGCUGCGCUUCAGAAGGAGGUGUCUCUCAACAUCAAGCGGCUCAAGGAGAUCCGGUGCUACCGCGGUAUCCGGCACGAACUGCGGCUCCCCUCGCGCGGCCAGCGAACAAAGGGAAACGCCCGCACUCGCCGC